CGAAGAAGCGUCCGUGUGGCCCGGUAAGUGGCGGCAGGUGGGGUUCCGGGCAAGGCCCGGGAGCCGCGGCGUCUCACAGUGGUGUCGACCUGGGUGCUCCCUCCUAGCUGCUCGCCCGAGGCCUGAGCUCUCGAGGGUGAACACGGCCAAAGGGUUGAAUGGCGAAAAUGGAAGCAGCAGAAGAAAGAGGAGAAAAAGAAGUGGAAGGACCUCAAGGUAAUGAAAAAGCUGGAGCGGCAGCGGGCCCAGGAGGAGCAGGCUAAGCGCCAGGAGGAGGAGGAGGCUGCUGCCCAGAGGAGCGACCGAGGGCGGCCUUACACUCUGAGCGUGGCCCUGCCGGGCUCCAUCCUGGACAACGCCCAGUCACCGGAGCUUCGCACCUACCUGGCUGGCCAGAUCGCCAGAGCCUGCGCCAUCUUCCGCGUGGACGAGAUUGUGGUGUUCGAUGAGGAGGGCCAAGACAGCAAGACUGUGGAAGGGGAAUUCAAGGGAGUUGGCAAGAAGGGGCAGGCGUGUGUACAGCUGGCCCGCAUCCUGCAGUACCUGGAGUGUCCACAGUACCUGAGAAAGGCGUUCUUCCCCAAACACCAGGAUCUGCAGUUUGCAGGGAUCCUCAACCCCUUGGACAGUCCUCACCACAUGCGUCAGGAUGAGGAAUCCGAGUUCCGAGAAGGCGUUGUGGUGGACCGGCCCACCAAGGCAGGCCAUGGCUCUUUGGUCAACUGUGGAAUGAAGAAGGAGGUGAAGAUUGACAAGAAACUGGAACCUGGACUCCGUGUGACCGUGCGACUGAACCAGAAGCAGCUCCCCCCAGAAUGCAAGACCUACAAGGGGACAGUCGUGUCGUCACAGGACCCCCGCACCAAAGCCGGUCUCUACUGGGGCUACACUGUCCGGCUGGCCUCCUGUCUCAGUGCCGUGUUUGCUGAGGCUCCCUUCCAGGAUGGGUAUGACCUGACCAUUGGUACAUCAGAACGUGGCUCCAGCAUGGCCUCUGCCCAGCUGCCCAGCUUCAGGCAUGCUCUUGUGGUGUUCGGGGGCCUCCAAGGGCUGGAAGCUGGAGUGGAUGCUGACCCCAACCUUGAAGUGUCUGAACCCAGUGUCCUCUUCGACUUCUACGUCAACACAUGCCCCAACCAGGGCAGCCGUACCAUCCGCACUGAGGAAGCCAUACUCAUCUCCCUGGCUGUCCUGCAACCUGGUCUCAUCCAGGCGGGUUCCUGGACCACCUGACAACUUCAUGGAUCCAGGAUGCAGAAACAGCAGGAAAUGGAGCAUCACCAGGAACAGAGAUGGUCAAGACUUGCCUCCAAAAAUAACCAUCUUUAAUAUGAACCCACCCCAUCUCCCCAGUGUCUUGAAUCCUUCACCCUCACUUGCUGCCAGCAGUGAUGGCCUUGAGGUUUCCGGCACGGGCCAGGAUAUUGGGCACAAAGAGCAACCCCGAGGCACGCUCGAUGCUCUCGAUGGGCACGAGGAAGCGCUCCAGAGGGAGAGUCUCAUCUACAGGGGCAUUGGGCAUCACGUAGGAACGCAGCUCGAUUUGCCCGCUGGUGGACUCCAGGAUGAGCACCUUGAAGAAGUGCGUGGGCACUGCCACGUGAUUCUUUCCAAUAACCUGGUACUUGACGUAGGACUUCCCAUCAGCCUCUGUCCUGUGGAUAGACCCAGGCACAUGUGGCCAGGAAGCAGGGUUGGACACGAGGCCACCUCUUCCAGGAAGCCCUCCCUGACCUAACUUCCAACAAGAAAUUUAUUUCCAAGCCUGGUUGCCUCCUUGGGUCUGGGAACUCUGUAAGGUGGGGACCAACAUUUAACCCUCUGUUUUUCUGCCCAAUACUGGUUCAGAUGGAGUGGGUGACAAUAAAUGCUGCUAGAGGAA